AGGAAAAUUCAGCUUGUAACGUGGGAAAGUUUUGCCUUUUCAUCAUCCCCGUGAUCAUCUUGCUCGUCAACGGUGGUCGAGGUAGCUCCAAAACACAGAAGAGACUCCGAAAGCAUGUCCUCAACUCGUCUGGGGCAGGAAAUGCGGACUGAGAGGUACGACGAAGUGUACGCAGCGUCGGUGACGGUGGCGCCAUUGCUCGAUGGCAGUGUGGAAUAACUAGAGACGGCGGUGUUGAACCUCGAUAAAUGGCUUUCCCGGGCCGCGUUGGGUGAGGGGACGAAUGUGAAGCGGCGGCGCGGUUGGGGAGAACGGAUGCGGCGGCGAACGGAGAAGAAAGCGGCGGAGGGAUUGUGGCACGUUAUGUGUUUGAUGAAAUGACUGCGGAGGGAGGAGAGUGGGUGUGACAUGGACGAAUAUUUGGGGAUGAGUGAGCUAGUGGGAGAGUACUGAAAAAAGAAACGAUAUUUUAAGUACGGAAAAAGAAAACCAAAAAAAGGGCUAUGGUGAUAAAAUCCGGUGGUUCGCCGGCAAACCGCCGCCGGAAAGAAAUGGUGUUCGACCCGAACCCGCUCUCCCUGAGCGUACCCGAACCCGCUUUCGAGUCGUGGCUCCGCGAUUCAGGCUACCUCGAGGUCCUCGACCAGCGCACCACCGACCUCCACCGCCUCUCCUCCGCAGGGACCACCGAGUCCGCAGCGGCGAUUGGUUCCGACGGUGUACACCUUGCCUCGCAGCUCCUCUCUCGCAUCUGGACCCUCCUGUCGCUCCUCACCUUCAGCCCUUUCUCGAAGCUCGCCGCCAGCGACUUCACCGGCACCAUGCCGAGCUGGACCGCGGCGUUAUUCGGCUCGUACGAGUCGUAUUCGUUCCCGUCCUCGCCGUCGCAGGCUCGGCUCCGCGUCCACGAGAACGUCAAGCGAUUCGCCCAAAACUACGCCGUCCUCUUCGCUCUCUUCUUCGCCUGCGCUCUAUAUCAGUUGCCAUUAGCUCUUGUUGGUCUCAUCUUGUGCUUUGCAUUGUGGGACGCAUUUAAACUUAGCAGCAAUCGAUGGGGUUUUGAUCGGUAUCCCGUAAUAAGACAGUCGUUAGUCCGUAUAGCACAAUGCGCAACUGCAGUAAUUUUAUUCACCUCCAAUAUCCAGUUGGCCGUCUUCUGUGCAUUUGUCGUAAGUUACGCAGCCAUGAUAUUGCACGCCUCGUUUAGAAAGUUGACCCCCACAAAUCAACCGGCUGCUGGAGGUGGUUGUCGGAAGGUGGCCGGAAAAUAAAGCCGGCCAAAUUGAAAACAGUCUUAAUUGCAGCAGUGACUAUGAGUUCCAGUUGAUUUCGAUAUCCAAUUUUGAAGAGGUUAUGUGCAAAUAAUAACCGAAUAACUCACCAGUUACUUCAUGUUGGUGAUUAAAUUUUGGAACAUUACAUGAGCUAUAUAAAUCCUCUGUAAAUUCAGUAGUCAUCAUCUGAAACUAGGUACCAACUUAUUAUUUAUGUUCAUGUUAAAGUUUUGCCUUUUUCCUAUUCUUUCUAUCACUGGUUUCCAAAUUUGAACUCCUGUUGGAACUAUUUAAUAUUUAUUUUCUUUGGC